ACUGUCGGACUUGUGCAGACAUCCCGUCGGAUCGCCAACACAGAAGCUGGAGAUGCACUUGAGCAGCGCGCAAAUCACACCAGACAACCAUGAUAUGCACAAGACAUCUGCAUACAUGAGGAGUGCAAAGCUGUGUUAUGUUGGGGAAAACCGGGGAACCGGCUCAUAAAGAGAUGUUAGGACCUCAAAGCAAAAGCCCGUGGAAAUUACUCCUAAAGCGAAACCAAAGAGCCACUUCACCACUGUGAGUAUAUAUGGAGAUAUUGGAGUUCACUUUUCCAUCCUAAUAUGAGACGAAAUGGAAACUUAAACGACUUUUGACAAAAAGGUGAUUUAAUUCUGCACGUGACGCACAGAAGUUUUACAUGCAUAUGGAUAUGUAUGGCAAAAACACAUCAACCCAAUACCUGAUGGACAUUUAGGAGUGGUUUGGAUCUAAAUGGGAUAUACUGGACAUGCAUCUCGCAUGACAAGUAUUUUCUGUGUAUUUUGUCUGGCUCUAUUUAUAUGCGUAAUGUUCAUUUUUUAAAUUCCGUUACGCACGUUUAAUUUGGAAUAAAAGCGCAUGCAAGAUCAGGAGUGGGAACUCAGAAAAGGUCGGUGCUCAGUUCUAGAGAAUACUAAACCGAAAGGCCCUUUUAGAGAGAAAACUAACGGUUUCCACUAUUGAAAACCUUCUGCUUUGUUUUUUAUCAACAGUGAUAUACCAUACAGUUGUGCCAUUUAUAAAGCACUCGCAGUCUCCAAUGAACGCGCAUUCUGGAUUUAAGAAACAAAAGAGGGCGGGAGAUUUAUUUUAAGGAGACCGGAUUGAGGAUUUUCGGCUUGCAGAGUAGAUAAUGUAGAAACACAUUGUGUUUUUGCAAGAGUUUCGGUUUGGAAACUCUUAGCCUGACUUGAAAUGCUUAUCUUGUGCUGGACGUGCGACUUGUUUAGAUGUUUUCUCCAUAGAUCAAGAGCUUUGUGAUUGUAUUAUGCAUGGCAUAAUGCCAUGGCAUGAUCGAUAGUAGAAAUGCCAUACCUUACAUCAAGCAUGAAUGCUGACAAGUCUUGAAAUGUCUACACUAAUGUGUCAUAGAGGCAUUUUUCUUCUCGGAAAACUAUCUAAUGGCUCAUUUAUGGAAAGAAUGGGGCAUUUGGGUCAUAUAUUGGAUUAAAAGGAGUUAUGAAGUCCUCUAAGGAAUCAAAACAAACAGUCCUCAGCCCAAGUCUCAAUCUUUGUGGUGCAAUUAUGUAAUGUUGCUGAUUCAUCAGUCAAAGAACAUUUCAAUUCACUUGUAAUGAGUAGAAAGAUUCCAUGCCCUUUGGAUAAUCUUCUCUGACCCAAGUGCGUCAAGUAAGGAUAGAAGUGUAGAGGAAUGUGCUAUUGACGUCAUGAGGUGAAAUAACCAACCUAAAAUUCUGGAACUGUCUAACUGCUGGAACGAUUUAAAUUUUCACCAUCUAGACGUCAAAGCUAUUUGGUCCGAUUUCCAUUUUUUCCAUCCAAGCAGCUUAUUUUGCUCAUUUUCACAUUCACCCCAAGUUUGAUUGAAGUAUCAUGGCUUCUCCUCAACAUCAACAACUGCUGCUUCCCAACAGCGAAGUGAGCUGCGACUCUAGCGGUGAUGGCCCUGUAUCUGUGUGCAUCAGCGGUACCAAACCACACAAACAACAGCGCGGGAGUUUGGGCACCAGCACUAUGUGCAGCAUCCUAGGGGGCUCCAAACACUGCAAAUACAGCAUCUCUUCCAGCUGUAGCUCAGGCGAGUCUGGCAUCUGCAAACCAGUCUUUAAAGGCCUGCGGACGCAAAGGAAAAUGCCACAGCUGUUUGAGAGGUCAGCCGGUCACUUUUGGAACCCCAAGUUUGAUUCCAACAUCCUGGAGGAGGCCUGCCGUGAGCGCUGUUUCCCGCAGAUGCAAAGACGUUUUCGCUGCGUGUUGUUUUAUCUGGUGGCCGCCAGCCUUCUUUGGGGAUUUUUCUUCAUUGUUAAUGCCAAUCGAUGUGAACAAACUGCCUUCCUAUUGCCCACGGCCUCGUUCCUACUCCUCUGUUGCCUCCUGUUCAUCUUUACUUUUACACGGUUUUACGCCCGCUGCUACACUCAAGCUUCGCUGUUGCUAAUUGUGGUCACUUUCGCCCUAACACUCGCACCACAGAUCCAAACAUCAGGUUUUAGUGACUUCAACAAUCUUUCGAUUACGGAUGAAGAAGAUUUAGGUGACUUCAGUGGUUUUGAGAGUGGAAACCUCACUUUUGAGGCUCCCAAAAUUGGAGAUUCAAAGGCCCCAUGUUUAUCUCCAGUUGGCACCUUCUCUCUUGGCAUGGAAGUGCUUUCGUUGCUCUACAGUUUCCUCCAUGUUCGUCUGUACACUUCUGUACUGCUCGGCUUGUUCUACUCCAUUCUGUUUGAGACGCUUGGCUGGAUGCACUUGAUUCAAGGUGAUGAAUGGAGCCACUCUAAAGAGGAACAUUUGGAAACACUUUAUUGGCUGAUCCCUGGGAGGGCCAUUUUACAUCUUUGCGCCCACAUCAUCGGCAUACACCUUUUUAUUAUGUCAGAAGUGCGCUCACGAAGCACAUUCCUCAAGGUCGGCCAGGCCAUCAUGCACGGGAAAGACUUAGAGGUCGAAAAGGCCCUGAAGGAGCGAAUGAUCCACUCUGUGAUGCCUCGUCGGGUGGCAGAUGAGCUCAUGAAGCAGAGCGACGAUGACAACGACAAUUCAGUUAAACGUUACUCGACAGGAGCGGCAAUAGCCGGUGCUGCAAGCCCUAAAAACACCAAGCGCAAAAAGACGUCGAUACCGCGAGGGCAGAUUAUUUUCCGACCCUUUAACAUGAAACGCAUGGAGCCAGUAAGUAUCCUGUUCGCGGAUAUUGUUGGUUUCACCAAAAUGAGCGCCAACAAGUCCGCGCAUGCGCUGGUGGGACUCCUCAAUGACUUAUUUGGCCGUUUCGAUCACUUGUGUGAACUUACGUGUUGCGAGAAGAUCAGCACGCUCGGGGACUGCUACUAUUGCGUCGCCGGUUGUCCUGAGCCACAAGAAGACCAUGCUUAUUGUUGUGUGGAGAUGGGGCUUGGAAUGAUCCAAGCCAUUGAGCAGUUCUGUCAGGAGAAGAAGGAGAUGGUGAACAUGCGUGUUGGCGUCCACACAGGCACUGUACUUUGUGGGAUUCUUGGUAUGAAGCGUUUUAAAUUUGAUGUCUGGUCCAAUGAUGUCAAUCUAGCCAAUCUCAUGGAGCAGUUGGGCGUUGCUGGGAAAGUUCACCUGUCUGAGGCCACGGACAAGUUCUUGGAUGAUCGUUACCUGAGGGAGGAUGGGCGGGUCCCAGAUAGGAUCGGACCAAGUGUGGUUGCAGAUCAACUCAAAGGUCUCAAGACAUAUCUGAUAUCCGGGCGUAAACUGAAGCAUGCCCAGCGGAGCUGCCCUCAGUCUGGUCUGGCAGGUGCAGCCACGUCCUGUGGCCACACUCCUGACUUUACGACCUCAACCUGCGCUCUGACACCUGGCCCGGACAGAGUUAAAUCUGCCUGUCCCUCGUGUAGCAUGUUGACUUCUGAAGACGGAGCGGUUCUUAACAGCUGCACAGAUCCAGAUCACAAGACCAUCAACAGCAAGGGGCCCCAAGGCCAGAGUCCCAAGACCUUUAAUGGCUUAUUAAGCCCUCACCUGGAGCAGCCGCUGACCCAGAGUCAGACGUCACUGUGCGAGAUGCUCCAUGAGAAGAAAUGGGGCGGAGGGGGCGGAGUCAGUGGCAUGGGAGUGAUGGACCAUUCCGCCCUCAUCCCACUGCGCUCCAAAAACUUCCGUGAGAGGAGCGACGCUCACUUCGUGGACGUAAUAAAGGAGGACAGUCUAAUGAAAGAUUACUUUUUCAAACCACCCAUUAACAAGCUGAGCCACACAUUCAUAGACAAAUCUCUAGAGUCGGCUUACAAGACCAGCUACCAGGAAGAGGUGGAGACACAGGCUCCUGUUCAGACCUUUGCCAGUCCCACAUUCAGCUCUUUUCUGGACAUGCUGCUAUGUUGUUGUGUUCUUCUGGCUCUCUCAUUGGCUUGCUUCCUGCGACCACUGGUUACCCAUCAGCCGUUGCCCACACCGGCCCUCAUAGUGGCGGCAGUCGCAGCAGUGCUUGAGUGUUUGGCUCUAUUGCUGGCAAUCCGAAGAGCAUUUUACCUGGGCACGGUUGUGAACUGCACCAGAACUCUCCUCUGGGCGAUCUCCGGCUGGAUUCCCCGUCACAUGAUCGGAGCCGUGCUGGUGUCUUUACCUGCAGUGGCUGUGUUCUCUCAUAUCACCUGCAAUAUGCAUCAAUCCAUACAGUUCACCAUGUUCACCUGCUGUGCUGUCAUUAUCGCCAUCAUCCAGUACUGCAAUUUCUGUCAGCUCAGUUUCUGGAUGCGUUCAAGCUUGGCGACACUAACAGGACUCACUUUCUUUAGCGUGCUGUGGAGCCCCCCCUGCAGCACUUGGGAACGUUUAUUUUUGAGAUCCAGUGACUUCAACAGCAGCGGUACUGAUGUCCAGACCUCUGCAAAAGAUGUGGUCCAAGUCCAGGACCUGCUCGGCCCAGAGGCUUUGGUGGCCUUUUUCCUGUUGAUUCUACUCGUCUGGUUUCUCAACCGCGAGUUUGAGGUCAGCUACCGGCUACACUACCAUGGCAACAAGGAAGCAGACCAACACCGCAUUAAGAUCCAAAACAUGCGCGACCAGGCGGACUGGCUCUUGCGAAACAUCAUUCCCAUCCACGUGGCCGAGCAGCUCAAGGUAACCCAGAGCUACUCAAAGAACCAUGACAAUGUGGGGGUCAUCUUUGCCAGCAUCGUCAACUUCAGCGAGUUCUACGAAGAGAGCUACGAGGGCGGCAAAGAGUGCUACCGCGUCCUGAACGAACUUAUCGGGGACUUCGAUGAACUCUUGCGCAAAUCGGACUUCUCCAACAUUGAGAAGAUCAAGACGAUUGGUGCCAGCUACAUGGCAGCAUCAGGCCUCAAUACGCAACAGUGCAGCGACCAAGCACACCCUCACGCCCACCUGCGAGCGCUGUUUGAAUUUUCCCUGGAAAUGAUGCGCGUGGUUGAUGACUUCAAUAAAAACAUGUUGGGCUUCAAGUUCAAGUUACGGAUCGGGUUCAACCACGGACCUCUUACUGCUGGAGUUAUCGGCACAACCAAGCUACUCUACGACAUUUGGGGCGACACUGUAAAUAUCGCGAGUCGGAUGGACACUACAGGUGUGGAGUGUCGCGUUCAGGUUAGCGAGGAAAGUUAUUGUGUUCUCAGCGGAAUGGACUACGAGUUUGAUUACCGUGGUACCGUCAACGUAAAGGGUAAGGGACAAAUGAAGACCUACCUUUACCCAAAGAGCACAGACAGCGGUCCCGUGCCGAAGUACCAUCUCUCGGUCUCACCAGAAAUACGAGCGCAGGUGGACGGUAGCAUUGGUCGCUCACCCACCGAUGAGAUCGCCAAUAUGGUGCUUGCCGCCAAUGCCGGUAGAGUUGGUCCAUCGUUUUCUGUGAGCUCAGGUCUUACUGGACAAGGAUACAUUGGGAGAGACUUCACUGAGAAGGUAUCUGGCAGUGAUCGUACAUCCAAGACCCAGCGAUCCGCAUCUGCUGUUGGCCUGACUGGUAUACCAGAGACCACCUUGUGUGGAAGUCCAGCUGCAUUUGGUAGACCACAAAACCUAACUAGCCAACCAGAAAACCAUGAAUCAAAGGCCACGACAAAAGAGAACAAAGAUGUGCAGUACACUGGUGAACUGACAAAACUUUAACUCUAAACAAACCAACAGUGUUGUUCUUGUUGGUUGUCCCUGCUGAUAAAAACAGCUUAAACCAGCCUAAGCUGGUUUGCUGAUAUUAGCUGGUUUUAGUUGUUUUCCCAGCCUGGCCAGCUGGUCGGCCAGCUGGUCUCCAAGCCUGACCUCCUAAUAAAACCAGAAAACAGACCAGCUAAGACCAGUAAUCCAUCUUGGGCUGGUUUAAGAUUUCUAAUUUAGCAGUGUUAACCCUUUAAAAGUGGGUUUGCAACCCUUUAAGUUUGUAAGGAUAGGCAUGUUUAAGGAUGUACGUAUGCUAGCAUAGAUUUGUAUCUGUGUAUGUGGAGUGGAGAAGUCUAUAUAAUUUAAGCACAUAAUCUUACAACUAAUGUUUAUACUGCAAGCCCAAUACUGCAGCACAAACAGACCUAAAGUACCCUCCUUAAAGGGAUAGUUCACACAAAAAAUUAAACAUCUGAAUAUCUUUUUUCCAUGAAACACAAAAGGAGAUGUUAGGCAGAAUGUUAGCCUCAGUCACCAUUCAUUUUCACUGUCUAUAAAGAAGAAUAUGGAUUUUGGAACAACAUGAGUAAAUUAGGACAGCAUUUUCAUUUUGUGCAAACUGUCUCUUUAAACAGGCCAUUUUGAGCAUUAUUUCCCUUUAGCUCUUACUAUUUUCUGCCUUUUGUGAAUUUUUUUCUUGUAAUGAAGUGCCUUUAUGAUGAUAACAAUAUGUAUGAGGCAUUUUUUAAAAUGGAAAACCGAUUUAUCAAUCCAGUGUUGCAUGUAAAUUUAAUGUUAGAAAAAGCUUUCGUUUUUUGUGAAAGCAAUUGACGUAUUUUGGAAUAUUUGUAGAUAUUUUUUGAGUUCAUCGAUCAGUAUUUACGAGGCUGCUUUGACAAUUUUACAAAUCAAAACUCUAAUUGCAAUGAGUUUACAGUAUAUUGCAAUUUUUAAAAGAAUAGUGCAUGCAUGGUGAACAGUGUCUGUAUUAGCAAAAUUGAAUAAUGUAGAGCAAGCUAUUGGCUAAAUUCACCUAGAAUCCAAAAUAUCAAACAUUUCUACAGGAAAUUUUUCAUCUUUACUUCAUUUAGCUCUACUGUAGGUCCAUGUUUGCUUUGCUGACGCUCACAUUUUUGUGUCCUCCUAAUAUUGUUUUUUAUUUUUUUUGCUAUUCAUUCUGCAAUAGAUUGGAUGGCUGACCAAAACCUGAAUUGCAAACAUUGCAGAAUUUUCAGAAUUGCAAACAACGAGGUCUUACAUGAUGUGGGAACUUUGCCAUAAUGCGCAUGAGAUCAUUUAGUCUUAAAGGACAAAAAUCUACUGUGACUUCUAACAAAGAGACUAAAUGUGGGGAGUUGGUUUCAUAGGGAGUCAACAUUUCAACAGGUUAAAGUUAACAUUCACAGUUACAUGUACCUGGUCUUAUUGUGCACGAUUCAUCAGUGCACAUUAUUUUAAAGAAAAAAAGUCUUUGUAAUUUUGUAAUCUAAAUGUAAUCGACUUUUCCAUCUGCCGUCAUCCUAUAGGUGAUGUUAAAAUGGGUUGUGAACACAGUUUCUUGUAGACUUUAACUGCUAUAAUUGUUGACUUUCAUGGCUGCACUGAGAUCUUGGAGAAGAAAAGUGAAUAAAAUUUGUUAUAUUGUCAAGAAAGAAACUUUAUUGAAAAAGAUUGGACAUUUUUAUGAUUGGAUUAAUGAAGUCAUUUUGCCAAAUAAGUCACUGCAGUGGCAGAACAGUGGCAUGAGGACUGGCAUGAGCGCUGUAAUGAUCAAAGUAACGCACAUUUUCUGUGCCAGAUAAAUGUAAAAACUUCUGUGAAAAUUAGAAUAGGUUAAAGUAUAGCUUUGACUCUGCCUGCUUGUCAGUGCAAUAGUAAAGGGUAAAUUAUUGUAUGGGAUAUUAGAAAAAGGUUAACAUUGUGUCGUCGCUAUGUAAGUCAUUUUGCACUAAUAUAGCAUUCGUUACAUGUCACUGCUUUAGAAAUUUGCCUUUCGAUAACAGUUUGAUUUAUUUGUUUUGUCCCCUUUGACUUUGUAAUGGGCAACCUUCUUUGUUUAAAAGGGUUGUGUGUUCAAGGUUUUCUCUUGUUGUAUUUCAUGUAAAUUCAGAUUUAAAUGAAAAUGGACAUAGUAGUGAUAUUUUCAACUGAUUUUACAGUGAAAUCAGAAACCAUAGGUUGAUUUUUCUUUAGCCAAAAUCGGUCUGUGCUUACCGAAAUUUGAAACACUGCCCCCGGUGGCCAAAGCGGUAAGUGUUGUUGGACAUAUGGGAAUGUGUGAGCUCCAUUAUCAACAUGAUGACACAGGAAGUCUGCAUGUUGUUUCCGAGAGUUCCAGUACGCUAUGAUUCGCCACAUUAUACCAACUCACAGACAAACGGCAUCUCCUAUUGAAUAUUUUUGCAUCGGCUCCAGUAUGUUUACCUUCCCUUGUUAAGACCGGAAGUGUGUUGCGUCAACAGCGUAGGUGACUCGGGUUCAGAUCUCACGUUGAAACCAGCAUAAUCAGUGACAAGUGCAAUUCAGAGGAUUCAUUUCCCCUCUACCAUUACAUUUUUACUCCACUGAUGGUUAUGUUUAAGUUUGGUGUUUGGGUUGGGGGGUAAAGUUUAUAAACCAUGCAUACCUGUUCACUGUAUUACAGCCUGUACAGCUGAAAACGACUCGCUUCACAACUCGCUUUUGGCGCCCCUCUGUGGACAUUUCACUCAUAAAAUGGUGCUCACACAUGCCCAUUCGCCCAACAACAGUUAUGGCUUUGGCCACUGGGGGCAGUAUUUCACAUUUCGGUAAGCACAGACUGAUUUUAGGUAAAGAAAAGUCAACAUACUGUUUCCAAUUUCAUGGUGAGAUCAGUCUGGAUGUUUAUAGGGAUUGUGCUCUGAUUAAACGAUUGAAAGAAAAUGGGAAAUAUACAACGUUUUGACACGUUUGUGUGAGUUUGCUAUCUGCCAAGGACACAUACUAAAAGGGAAUUGUUAUAAAAAGGUGAUUGAUUUGCCAGUAUUUCUCAUUGUAUGUAUUAGUGCCUUUUACUCGUUUAAAAUGCAUCUAAAUGGUCAAAUGACGUCAUCCUGUUCAUUUUCCUACACAAAUACUAUAUAUUCACUGAAUUCUUGUGUAUGAUAAAUGUCAUCAGAUUUUUAGCGCCGUGCCUUUUCUUAAUAGGAAUUUGCUUGACACGUCCAUUCCCACUGUAUAGUCUUUUUGAAUGUGAAUUAAUACUGUGUUCAUUUAGUUUCUGCUGCCUGAGACUUUAAGUACGGAAAUCAUAUUUAGGGAAAAUUAAAGGGCUGAACUAUUGCAUGAUAACAGAAGAGCCAAUAUUGUAAAAACUUUGUUUGUUUUAUUACUUUAGCUGGACCAAUUCAUGAUUCAGAGCAAUUUGACUUUAGAAAUGUGUGUACGCUACUUGACACGUAAACUUGUGGCUUUAAUUGAAGUGUUACACUGGGACUUCUUGCCAAAGAGUGUAUUUAUUCAAUAAUGUAUGAUUUUGACUUGGUUUCUUUGAAGACAGCUUAAUAGGUCAUUUAUAAACUGUGUCCAUCUGUAUUAAGAUUUCUCUUAUGUUUGUACAUAUGCAUUGCUCUGUGUCAGCAUAUCAUUUUUUGAAUUAUUUAUACUGAUGCAUGUGCCAUACUGUUACAUCAAAGCCAAUGGAUGAAAAGGGAAAGCUAAUAAUAUAGUGUUGAAGUCUGC